AUGUCAGAGCAGAUGGACGGUGACCAAUCGUCACAGAGCCGCUACCAAAAGAUCGAAUUCUUAGGAGAAGGUCAAUUUGCUACAGUAUUCAAAGCCAGAGAUUCCCAAACAGAUCAGAUAGUCGCCGUGAAGAAAAUAAAAAUCGGCUCGAGAGCCGAGGCCCGCGAUGGAAUCAACCGAACCGCGCUAAGAGAAAUUAAGCUCAUGCAGGAGCUCCACCACGAGAACGUUCUGGGUCUACUUGACGUUUUCGGCCAUCAGAGCGAUAUCUCCCUCGUGUUCGAUUACAUGAUCACAGAUCUCGAGACCCUAAUAAAGGACACCCGUGUGAUUCUGUACCCAGCCCACGUCAAAUGCUACACCCUGCAGUGUCUCAAAGGUCUUGAGUACCUGCAUCUGAAUUGGGUUCUCCAUCGAGAUCUCAAACCGAACAAUUUACUCAUCGACGAAAAUGGGAUUCUGAAAAUCGGUGAUUUCGGCCUGGCGAAAUUUUUCGGCUCGCCCAGAGUCUACACGCAUCAAGUCGUCACACGAUGGUACAGAGCUCCCGAGCUGCUCUUCGGCGCUCGGAUAUAUGGCACAGGAGUCGAUAUGUGGGCGGUAGGAUGCAUACUCGCCGAGCUGCUCCUAAGGCUGCCCUUUUUACCCGGGGAAACCGACCUGGACCAGAUCUCGAAAAUUUUCCAAUGCAUGGGAACUCCGACCGAAGAAACUUGGCCAGGUGUGACUAAGCUGCCAGACUAUGUGGAGUUUAAGGGCUUCCCAGGCACACAAUUCGAGGAGAUCUUCACUGCUGCUGGAGACGAUCUCCUGGAGCUCUUGAGGAAGCUCCUUGCUAUGGACCCUCUCAAUAGAUGUACUUGCACCGAAGCUCUGAAAAUGGAUUACUUCUCGAACAAGCCCAAUCCGAGUGACCCGUCAGAUCUGCCACUGCCGUCCAAGUUCAAGAAAUUGCAGGGGGCGAAACGGAAAGUCGAAGCGGAUGAUUCACCGGCGGCUCGGAAGAUUCGAUUUUAAAAAUGCAACACUGCGGAUCCUUGCUCUCGUUGUUUAUAAAAAUAUAAGAGUUAA